AUGGCCGCCGAUGACUUGAUUUGCAUGGUGUCUUUAGGCGAGAAUGCCAUAUUUAUGAAGCUAAUGUCGACAACAAGCUUUUAUGAACUGAAAUAUGGUGUGGCUGAAAGAUUGAAAGUACCUAAAGAAUCUUUUUCCCUGAUAUAUAAAUCUGAGAGGCACCCCAACCUGAGUUUUUCGGUUGAGAACGAAGCUGACCUGAAGUGCAUGUUGGAGCACAAUCGAAAUAUUGGUUGUACGGAGAUUCAUAUGCAGGCUGCUGUUAAUGUAGAGUGUUCCACGUCAGGGAAGAAUCAGAAAGAUAUUAGGGAAAUGGAUGCCUAUUUGAAUUCAGAUUAUAGUUGUCCUACUCGACAUAAUGCAUCCAAUUCAGAGAGAAUCCAAACUGAUUUUCCGUCUGGUGAGGUUGUAAUGAGGGCUGAUGAUAUUCUCAAUAACACUUCGAGCAUUCCUCAAUGGUGGCACACAGCAUUAACUGAAAAGGGGCAACAAUUUGAAACCGUAACUGAAUUGAGACUAGCUUUGCAAUACUAUUCCAUCGCCAAAAAAUUUGAAUAUGAAUUUGUAAAGAAUGAACCCAAACGUAUCCGCGUUUGUUGUCGAUAUAAGGAGACGUAUGGAUGCCCUUGGAUGCUCUAUGCAGCUCCUGUUAAAAAUGAUAAAAGAAUGGAAAUCAAAAGGUUUGUGAAUGAACACAGUUGCGGACAACAUUCUAGCUUGUCAGGGCAAUCACGGGCAUCUCGCAAGUUCAUAGCAGCCCAAUUGCGACCGGUAUUAAAGGCACGACCUGAAAUCCGCCCAAUUGAUGUGCAAAAGGACUUCCUCACUCGUUUUGGAUUGAGACUUGAAUACAGUAAGAUAUGGUGGGCCAAAGAAAGAGCGCAGCAAGAUAUGUAUGGUGAUAGCUAUGAGGCUUAUGAUCAAUUAAGAUGCGGCAUUGUUGUACAGGGUUUCUUAAAUGGCUGUAGACCCCUUUUAUUUUUGGAUGGGACCUUUUUGAAAGACAGAUAUAAAGGCAUGCUUCUAAGCACCAUAGCCUAUGACGGAGACCGAGGGAUAUUUCCACUUGCGUAUUGUAUAUGUGAUCAAGAAAAUAUUGAUAAUUGGAGAUGGUUCCUACAAGGCCUGUGGUCCAUACUGUAUGAAAG